ACGGAUACCGACGGAUAGACUGCAGUGAAGCCUCGUCGCGUGCAGACGUGUGCUCGCGAGGAUACGCGAUACAACCUGCACGCAUUCCCAUUCGGCACCACAGUCCACUGCAUCCUGACCUAUCCAUCGUACCCACGAAGCGCGAGUGCAGCUUACAAUCCUUGUGUGUUCUCACGAAGUUUACGGUUUAGUGAACGAGCUGCCGCAUACCCAGAGCCGUGCCCAGUCCCAUCAAAAACGCAGGAUAGAAGAAAACGGUAAUUCCGUACCACAAGAGUGAAGCUGCAAUUGGUGCUCCGCUGCGGUCAGCUGCUCCGUUUAAGUCGUCAGUGUCACGGCGGUGCCGUCAAGAAAUCCCUCGUUACCGUCGGUAGCUUCGCUAAGGCGGUCGGAGAUCGUUCCGAUUGGCUACGCUGAUGUGACCCUUGGGACCCGUUCCCAGCGACCUGUCAGCGACAGCAGACCCGUGCCGUUACUUCAUUGCGCCAUGCCCGAUAAGCCCUAAAGCUUGCCAUUACAUCCGUGCCUACUAUCCGCAAGCAUCCUUCUGGUUCCCAGAUGUGCAACUAGCAUGGCUUCAGUGUGAAAUGCAAGUGCGAGCGUGUGUGCAUGUGUGCUCAAGUUUCCGAGUUAUCCACAUUUUCCACCCCCAAAACCGUGCCCUAUCCGUAAUGUGACCCUUCUGCUGAGGCCGCGGUGUGCGUGAUUAGAAAAUCAAACCGACGCUAAAACGAAUCAUAAUUAAGUGCUUGCUUGCCGCUUUGCUUGUGCAAUCGAUUGGCUCCAGCUCGUCCCGCCCCUAGGUGAUCUUGGCUGCACCCGUCCUACCGCAGUGGGAUCGUUCGCACGACUCACUCGAGCACAAGUUUGUGAGCAGGUUUAUUUACUCCCGGAAGCGACCCGCAACGAAGCAACGCCACCGACCAUGGAACCAACGGCCAAGAAGAACACCGUGUCCGAGUUUAGCUACAUGCUGCAGCGACAAGCCAGUGACGAUUCGGCUGAAGUGAACGCUUUCGAUGACAUCAACUCGCUGGUAAAGCGUGACCAGGCCAACCAGGGCAAGCCGGCCGAAACGCUCUCAUCGCUUCCGCAGGCGUCCUUCAACUACAUCAAUUCGAUCGUCGGCAGCGGCGUCAUCGGCAUCCCGUACGCGCUGCACCGGGCCGGGUUCGGGCUGGGGCUGUUUCUGCUAGUGAUUGUGGCCGCCAUCACGGACUAUUCGCUCAUUUUGAUGGUACGCUGCGGUCACCUGAGCGGAAGAUUCAGCUAUCCCGGCGUGAUGGAAGCCGCAUACGGCAAGGGUGGAUACUAUCUGCUAUCGCUGCUGCAAUUUAUGUACCCAUUUUUAGCCAUGAUAUCGUACAACGUGGUCGUGGGCGACACACUGUCGAAGGUGCUGGUGCGCUUCGUGCCGGCCUGGGGCAGCUCGAUGGGCAUGGUGCGGUUCGGCGUGGUGCUGGUCGUGACCAUCUUCGUCGUCAUACCGCUCUGUCUGUACAAGAACGUGUCCCGGCUGGCGAAGGCAAGCUUCCUCAGCCUGGCCUGCGUGGUGCUCAUCCUGAUGGCUGUCGUUUACAGGCUCCUUUCGGGGGAUUACAGCGUCGUCCCCAACACUCCAGAAUCUUGGCGAUUUGCCCACAGUGAUCUGAUUCCGGCCGUUGGCAUAAUGGCAUUCGCCUUUAUGUGCCACCACAACACGUUCCUGGUGUACCAAUCGAUGCAGAACGCUACCAUGGAGCGCUGGGAGAAGGUGACACACUUUUCCGUCGGAUUUGCCUGGCUCGUGGCGGCCCUGUUCGGUAUCGCCGGCUACUGCACGUUUCGUGCACUUUCGCAGGGUGAUCUACUGGAAAACUACUGCUGGGAUGACGAUCUGAUGAACUUUGCUCGCGUGCUGUUCUCGGUCUCCAUUCUGCUCACCUUCCCGAUCGAAUGCUUCGUGUCGCGGGAAAUCGUCCGCACGCAGAUCAAACGGUUCUACUCGCACGAGGUCGUCGAGUAUGACACGGACAAGGAUCCGAGCCAUGUGACGGGUGAGGAGGACGACCGCAAAUCAAUGAUCACGACGCUGGUGAUUGUGUUUUCGGCGUUCAUCAUUUCGCCCUACACCGAGUGUCUCGGGCCGGUGCUGGAAUUAAACGGUCUGCUUGCUGCCAUACCACUCGCGUACGUCCUUCCCGGCCUCGCCUACAUUCAGCUCAGUCCGCACUCGCUGUUCAGCCAGGAGAAGCUACCCGCCGCCGGCCUGGUGCUGUUCGGUACGAUCGUUACCAUUUCCGGUGCCGCCAUCCUGAUGCCGAACUUGAUUGGCGAUUGCCGGACCGGUAUCAUUAUGGGAUACUGCAAGGAUGACGAGCGGGCCCUCAAUGGCACGUUCUUUGUUGCUUCGACGCUGGAUCCAAACUGUGCAACGGACAAGAUGUAAAGCGGGCCGACAAACGGAUUACAAAACAUUAUACAGGAGAAAACAUUACAAUCAAAAACUACUGAUACUGAGAAACAGAAACAACAACCAAAGAGUAAGGUUAGGAAUGGCUAGUUUACAGUGCUGUUUUGUAUCUCACUGGAGAUAGUUUACGCCCGUUGUUGCGUUCACUUACGAGGAUAUUUUGAACACAUCGUCGAGAUACUUUUAGCGCUACCUAUUAAGGCCAUUUGGUGCUUUCAAUCAUCAGUGUUCGGUACCUGCAGAACUCUCUUUCAGAACAAACGAACCCUUUUCUAAACAGGCUUUUCUAACACUUUUUCUACUGUAACGGUUACUGGAACUAUAUUUUUAUGACGAUCGAGAUGAAAUCAAAUAAUUUAUAUACGCUAUUUCAAGGGAGACCGAUGGAUUUAUAUUUGUAUAACAUAUUAUCCUACCAAUCUACGACUUUUCUCUUGCUUGCGUUUCUAACUCUUACACCUCUUUACAUACAACAAGCAAUCAAAGCACUACUUGAAAUUGGCACACCGUACGAAGUGUCCGCAAACUGAACACAUGUUGAGAUACUACACCAAAACGGAACCGAUACUCACACAAACACACAUACAUACUAUAAUAAGAAUCAAAACCAACAAUUUCAAAUGAUAAAAUGAAGCAGAAAAAAAUAGCAUUACCACUAUCCAUAAAUCUAAUCUAAUAGUGCACCAGCAACCAAUCAAUUCAGUCUUGAUAAAAAUGUGUAGCAGUGUCCUCGAACACGCGUAUUGAAACUUUUAGGGAACAGAUCGAAAACAUAAUCAUAAAUCAUAAGAAAAACGAAAAACAAAAACUCUGAACCAACGCUGUUUUGAAGGUAGGAAGGGAAGAAAAACACAAAUCACAUACAUCGAUUGAUGGAUGUCUGGAGAUGGUUAAAUUAAUAGCGAAAGAUGAACAGAUGUACCAAUAUUUAACUAGCAAAACAGAACUAUUAUUAUGCAAACAAACACAUGCAUUUGGAGAUGGAAAAAACCAAAACCUAUUUGUUUGCUGUUACAAACAACGGGGAAAACAAUGUCCGACCAAGACACAAGAGACUGCGCUCUGAACACGGUCGUAGCAUACCUUUAGGCGGUUGAAACCCAUUUUAAACCCUUGAAGAGGCAAGGUGAUUUGUUUCAUGCAGUAAAAUAAGUUUUGAUUGAGGUUUUAUGCAGUAAAACGUUGAACGUCUGGUAAAGAAAAUGCAGAUUAUUUGUGCGUGCGUUGAUAAAACGGUCCAUAAUCCAUGUAAGUAACGAUAAUUUCAUGUCCUUCCGGAGCACCGAGGAAACUCAAUGUAUUACUGUAAAGACAAAUGAUAAUUUCUUUCUUUAUCAUAAUUGAUUGGAAAUCAAUUGAAAUAUUUACAAAAUCAACCCUUUAAAUAAAUUCCACUUAUUAAACCGCUUCCUCGGGGGAAACAAAAUCCUCACACAUUAUUGCCACACACGUAAACACAACUACGAAAACACAAACACAGAGAGAUAAUAUAUGAAAAGAAAAUAUAUUUUAAGUAGCUAAAUUUAUCAAAUCAAUCUAUAGGAGAAGAAGAAAUCAAACGAACAUAAGGACAACUAGAACAAACAAACCAACAAAAAAAAACCUAGCGAUCCACAUUACGAGCUGAUGUUAUGAAUGUUAGACAAUGUACUGAAUAAAAUGCAAAACUAGA